AUGAUGGCCCGCGCCUUUGCGACCACCGUUGCGGAAUUGGAAAAUGAACUGGCCAAACUCAUUCAAGAUGGGAGCAUUAAGGCGCGUAUCGAUUCGCACCGACAACUCCUCUGCGCGUUGAAUGUUGACCAGCGUUGUUCCACCUUCGCUAACGCCAUUCGCAUCGCCGACGAAUGUCACCUCCGUUGUCAGGCGGCAAUCCUGCGCUCCAAUCUCAUUCGGCACGGUCUGGCCGCUAAGCAACCUAUACCCUACGAGAUGCGCACAAUGCUCCAGCCGCCGGCGAGGUGGAGAGGUGGCAUGUCUCGUGCAGAGCACAGUGAGGCCGUCUAG